AUGAAGUUUGCAUCUGUCUCGCUUGCUUUGCUUGGGGCAGCUACCCUGGUCUCUGGGCACCCUAUAAAAGGUAGAUGCCGCCCCAGCAAGGGAGGAGCCAAUAAGCCAUCGUACCCUAUUACCACACCUGGUACUGGCUAUGAGCCUUCUCAGCCGAUCCCGACGCUGACACCGGGUAAUGGAGAGAGUCCUAACCCAGGGUACCCGGCCAUUCCUACUCCUGGAAGCGGUACUGGAGCCGAGCCUUCUUACCCGAUCCCCACCCCUACUCCCGGCACUGGAGGAAAUGACAACCUACCUGGUUACCCCUCAGUCCCGGCGCCGGGCAAUGGAAACGGGGGAAACCCUUCGUACCCUACCCCUGGAAACGAGGGUAAGCCUUACCCGACACCGGGCAAUGGCGGAAAUCCUUCCUACCCUACCCCAGGAAACGGAGGCAAGCCUUACCCGACACCGGGCAACGGAACCGUUGGACAUCCCUCGUAUCCUACCCCUGGAAAUGGUAGCCAGCCAACCUACCCGACGUUCCCCCUUCCCGGAAAUGGCACCAAACCUGGCAACGGUACCACCAAGAGGAACACUAUGACCGUUCUGGCUACCAAUGACAUUCACACUCGCCUCGACCAAUUCAACAAGGGCGGUACGGAUUGUAGGCAGAAAGAUAUCGACAGCAACACUUGCUAUGGUGGUGCCGCUCGUAUUCAGUACCUCGUCAGCAAAUUCCGAUCGGAACGCGACGAUGUCGUUCUGCUUGACGCUGGUGAUCAGUUCCAAGGUACUCUCUUCUUCAACGUGUACGGUGCCUCUGCAAGUGCAGAGAUUAUGAACCAGCUCAAGUACACGGCCAUGUGUAUCGGUAACCACGAAUUCGACAAGGGUGUUGAAUAUGCUAGCACUUUCUUCAAGAACUUGACGUUCCCGGUCAUUUCGAGUAACAUUGACUUGCAGACUGCUCCUAAACUGGCAGAGGUGGGAGUGAAACCCUACAUUGUACUGAAGGAGUAUGGUGUGGGUAUCAUUGGCUACAUUACCAACACGACUAGUCAGAUUACCACUGGUGCCAAGGACAUUGUUUUCCGUAACCCAGUUCCUGUGGUUCAAAAGUACGUUGACGAACUUCAAAGCCAAGGCAUCAAGCGUAUUAUCUGCUUGUCCCACAAUGGUUACGCCCAAGACAAGUAUCUUGCCGAAAAUGUUCGUGGUCUCAACUUGAUUGUGGGGGGUCACUCCCACUCCCUCCUCCUCAACAACCAGACGGUACCUGGUGUAGAGGGCCCCUACCCAACAGAGGUCACCAACCCAGACAACAAAACAACCUACAUUGUCCAGUCCCACCGUUAUGGCGACUACCUUGGCCACGUCUCGUUGACCUGGAACGAUGCCGACGAAUUGGUUAACUUUACGGGCGAGUCCAUCCUAUUGGACCAGACUAUCCCUAUUGACAACUCUACAGCGGCCAAGGUUGCUGAGUGGCGAAAGGGCUUUGCUGCCUUGACUGAAGAAGUGGUUGGUCAAGCUACCGCGGACUUCCCUAACGCUGGAUGCGGUGCUGGAGAAUGCGCUAUUGGAAACCUCAUUGCAGAUUCAAUGUUGGACAACAGGAAGGCCACCGGCGGUCAAAUCGCCUUUGUGAACAGUGGCAGUAUCCGUGCUGCGCUGGAAAAGGGCGAUAUUAGCGUUGCUGACGUCCUCACUAUUCUGCCAUUUGGCAACUCUAUGAUACAGUUCCCAUACACAGGAGCACAGAUUAUGGAGGUUCUUGAGCGCCAGGCAGCCGGCAAAUCCAAAGCCGGUGUACCACUCACUUCCAUCUCCCAAUGGGCUGGACUCAAGUUUUCGUAUGACGCCGCUGCCCCCGAGUUCUCUCGCGUUAAAUCGGUGGUAGUCGUCAGUUCUGACGGGAAAGAAGAACCACUCGAUCUCAACAAGACCUACCAAGCCGUUACAAAUGAUUUCGUUGCCGGAGGUGGUGAUGGGAUUAUGCCCCCAGUGUCGGCUGCUCCUGGCGACCUUCAGUCUGACGUGUUCAUUGCCUAUGUCUCAAAGCUGAAGACCGUGUCUCCCAAAUUAGAAGGUCGCAUCAGCAAGAUUUAAAGAUUAGCGAUAUCCCAUAGACUAUAGAUGUAGAUUAAAAGUGACAACCCUCGUCUUAUAGAUGUAGAAGUCUGUAGAAACGUGUCCUCUUAUACAAUGUUUGAAGGGCUAAAGCCUCGCCG